AUGACCGCCGGCACGGAAACAUGCGUGAAGGUGGUGGUGCGGUGCCGGCCGUUGCUCGGCCACGAGGAUGGCGCGCUCGACGUGUCCAAAAUCGACGAGGCCGGUGGUUCGAUUAAGAUUGGUGACAAGACCCACAAGUACGGCCCCGGCGGCGCCGUCGGCGGCACCGGGCGCCACGACGCCAUGUACGACGUGACGACGAAGCCGCUCGUCGCGCAGCUCUUCGACGGCUACAACGCGACGGUGCUCGCGUACGGGCAGACGGGCAGCGGGAAGACGUACACGAUGGGC